AUGUCUGAUCCCAGCGAGCGGUCUUCGGAGUCUAUGGCCGGCCCGGAUACCACAGGUCUGAAGCCGCUGUCCAAUGCCGAGGAUCUGUCGCUGCCAACCCCCAGCAACAGCGAGUUGGCUCGCAUCAUGAGCCGUGCCGGCAUUGCCAUGACUAAUGGAUUCCCUCUCGAGGAUGGCGAAGACGAUGAGGAGGAAGUGGACGAGGAUUACGUCGCAGUUGAUCAGGAAGAUGCCAAUGACUUUCCCUACUGGUUCCGUCGUCCUCCAACCCACCACCGCACCAAGCUGGAUGAAUUACAUCCCUUCGUUCAGCUGCUCUCCGUAUCGAAUGUUGACGAUUGUGUGCACGUGGAAGAGGCUUUCCCGGAACAGGAGCGUUGCUCGCGUGACAAGUUUAUUUACCGCCUGACUCGAUGCCCCGAGCUCAGCCUGGGCCUUUUCACUUUGCCUGUCAUCGAAGAAGGCAAGCCCAAGCCCCGGGCGACUCUUGUUGGACACAUUAUUGCUACCCGGACAUCGGAGCCUCUUGUGACGGAUCGCUCGAUGCGCUUGCCUAGCGACUGGCAGAACCAACGCUGGACCCUCGAGGAUGACCAAGCGGUGGGCCACGAGGAGGGCGGCAGCACGAUUGCCAUUCACUCCCUCGCGGUCCUGCCUAGUCACCAGGGCAAACAGGUUGGCAGCACUUUGAUGAAAUCAUAUAUUCAUCGCAUUCGGGAGGCACAGAUUGCGGACCGAAUUGCGAUUAUUGCCCAUGAUCACUUGGUUCCGUUCUACGAAUCAUUUGGCUUCGAGGCGCGUGGUCCGAGCAAGUGCCAAUUCGGUGGCGGUGGUUGGACUGAUCUGGUCUUGGAGUUCAGUAACGGUGACGAGUCAAGCUAA